AUGAUUCGCAAGACGCUCCCUCUUGCAUGCUCCACGGCCAAAAUUCCGUGGAGUAGGUGUAGCAACUCUGAUAUAGCUGAUGCUGUAAACAGUCGUAAAAUUCCACUUUACAAUCUUGAGAAGGAAUUAGAGCCUGAUUAUAAGAGAGCUAUCGCAGUCCGUCGUGAGGUUAUUUCCAAGUAUGUGGCCCCACUACCAAAUGCAGAUACGAGGCGCAAUGGCCUUGAGAGUAUUCCUUUUGAAGAUUAUGAUUGGGACCGAGUUGUAGGCCAGAACUGCGAAAAUAUUGUGGGUUACGUACCACUUCCUCUUGGUAUUGCCGGUCCUAUUAUUAUGGAUGGUAAAGAGUAUCCUAUUCCAAUGGCUACUACAGAGGGUGCACUUGUUGCAAGUACCCAUCGUGGCGCUCGAGUUAUUUCUCAAUCUGGGGGUUGUAAAACACUCCUUUUGAGUGAAGGUAUGUCGAGGGCUCCUGUGGUAGAACUUGAUUCUUUGGAAGAGGCAGGAAGACUCCAUGACUUUUGUAAUGAGAAAUUUCCAUUAAUUAAGGAAGCGUUUGAAUCCACUACACGAUUUGGAAAGUUAAAAUCUCUUAAGUGUGCAUUAGCAGGUCGGAAAGCAUAUCUGCGAUUCCGAGCAACCACUGGUGAUGCAAUGGGAAUGAACAUGAUUACAAAAGGUGUGGAUAAGGCUUUGGCUUUCCUUCAACAAGAAUUUCCCACAAUGAAGGUUCUCGCUUUAUCAGGUAAUUAUUGCACUGACAAAAAACCAUCAGCAGUGAACUGGAUUGAGGGUCGAGGAAAAACGGUGUUAGCUGAAGCUACUGUGAGGGCUGAUCUUGUUGAAAAAGUUCUUAAGUGCACUGUUGACAGUCUUAUUUCCCUUAACGUUGAUAAAAAUCUUGUGGGUUCUGCCAUGGCAGGGUCUGUAGGUGGUUUCAAUGCCCAAGCUGCCAAUGCGGUCGCUGCAAUAUUUAUAGCAACAGGACAGGAUCCUGCUCAAGUAGUAGAAUCCUCAACGUGUAUUACAACAAUGUCAAAAGUUGGCAAUGAUCUUCUCAUAUCAGUGACGAUGCCCAGUAUAGAGGUUGGUACUGUGGGAGGUGGUACAGGUCUGGCUGCACAACGGGGUUGUCUGGAACUAAUUGGAUGUGGUGGUUCAAAUAAGGAAACUCCUGGUGCUAAUGCACAGUUACUUUCUCGCGUUGUUGCUGCUGGCGUACUUUCUGCAGAACUCUCACUGAUGUCAGGAUUGGCUUCAGGGCAUCUUCUAAGUGCCCACAUGCGACUUAAUCGAAAACAGAAGUAG